AUGACGAGUCCCGACGAUGAGAAGGAGCUCGAGCGCGCCCUCUCCCAGAAUAAUGUCGAGGAGCAGGACGUGGCGAAGAGAAACGAACCAGUGCAGUAUUUGGAAGUGCCCAAGGAUCUUCGCAGGGUAGGGCGAGGGAGGAGUGAAGACAGCACGCGACUGGAAAAGAUCGAGUCUGCGGUAACCGACGCGACUGAAGCCAGCUCUGCCGCUCUUCCGGCGGUCGAGCCAGAGAAAGCACCAUGGCGCUACAAAAUAAAUCCUCUCCGGCGCAACCCUCCGCCUAUACCGGAGGAGAGGGCCGUCUCGCGAGAAUACAAUGCAGGUUUCUUCAGUCUGUUGACGUUCCAAUGGAUGAAUCCUCUCAUGACUACCGGUUACAAGCGGCCCAUCGAGUUGAACGACAUUUGGCUGGUCAAUCCUGAUAGGAGUGCUGCCACGAUGAUGGGCAAGUUGACUGCCUCUUUCAAGCGUCGAAAUGCGCGAGGAGAACGCAACCCUCUGAUGUGGGCGCUUCUCGAUACCUUCCGCGGUGAAUUCAUGCUGGGCGCUGUUUGUGCUCUGUUUUCGGCCUUGCUUCAGGUCUUUUCACCUUUCACUACCCGCUAUCUGAUUCAGUUCGCCACAGAUGCAUGGGUCGCUGACAAGUCUGGCGGCCAAUCCCCCAAUAUUGGCCAUGGUAUUGGCCUUGUCAUCGGCAUCACCUUUAUGCAGAUAUGCCAAACAAUGUCCACCAACCAUUUCCUGUAUCGCGGAAUGAUGGUUGGAGGAGAAUGCAGGGCUGUCUUGAUCAACGCAAUUUUCGAGAAAUCUCUGGUCAUCUCAGGGAGAGCAAAAGCCGGGGGAAAGGCUCUGAAAGGCGAGGGCGUAUCUGAGCAAGCGAAUGAGACCGCGGAAGAGAAGCCGAACCGGCCGGCACUUGCUCGCGCCCUGUCCAAGCGAAUUCAUCCGAAGGGCGGUGCAAAGACCACGCCCGACAAAGGAGCCGGAAUUGCUGGAGACGGCACUGGCUGGAGCAACGGCAGGAUUGUCAACCUGAUGAGUGUCGAUACCUACCGGAUUGAUCAGGCGUCGGGGAUGUUCCACAUCUUGUGGACUUCACCAAUCCAGCUGGUUGUGGUACUGGUCGUGCUAUGCAUUAACAUUGGAUAUAGCGCGCUGGCAGGCUUUGCUCUGCUCGUCAUCACCCUACCAGUGUUGACCAAGACAAUCAAGUCCCUCAUGAAAAGGCGAAAGAAUAUCAACAAGAUUACCGACCAGCGUGUUACGCUCACCCAAGAAAUUUUGGGCUCCGUUCGAUUCGUCAAAUUCUUUGGCUGGGAAAGCAGCUUCCUUGACCGCUUGAAGGAACUUCGGAAGCGAGAAAUCAGGGCCAUCCAGAUAUUGCUCUCCAUCAGGAACGCGAUCAACGCGGUCGCCAUGUCAAUGCCCGUGUUUGCUUCCAUGCUGGCCUUCAUCACAUACUCGUUGACCGACCACGGUUUGGCUCCUGCGCGGAUCUUUUCCUCCCUAGCCCUUUUCAACUCUCUGCGAAUGCCACUCAACUUACUUCCAUUGGUCCUUGGACAGGUCACCGACGCCAAGACAGCACUCGAACGGAUUCAAGAAUUCCUUCUCUCGGAAGAGCAGAAAGACGAAGUGGUUUGGGACGAUGACAUGGAACCGGCGGUCGAAGUGCAGCAUGCUUCAUUCACAUGGGAGCGGACCGUGACACAGGACAAGGAGAGGACGAACACAUUCCAGACCAGAUUUGAGCUUAUGGCCGCCAAGAAAGCCGAGAAGGCGCGCAAAAAGGCGCAAAAGAAAGCCGACAAGGCCGCGAAAAAGAAUGAGAAAUCCCCCAGUGCAUCCAACGAGGACAUCGCCAGCGAAACCACCGAAGUGGAGCCUUUCAGGUUGCACGACAUUGAUUUUGCCGUGGGAAGGAACGAAUUGAUUGCGGUCAUUGGGACUGUCGGUUCCGGCAAGACCUCUCUUCUGGCUGCCCUCGCGGGAGAUAUGCGCAAGACAGGCGGCAAGAUCAAGUUAGCGGCUUCUCGUGCCUUCUGUCCCCAGUAUGCGUGGAUUCAAAAUGCUACCUUGAAAGACAAUAUCACCUUUGGGAAGCCAUUCAAGACCAAGUGGUACAAAGAAGUCAUCAAUGCCUGUGCUCUGGAACCCGACCUGCAAAUUCUCCCUGCUGGGGAUGAAACCGAGAUCGGCGAACGAGGAAUAACGCUAUCAGGCGGCCAAAAGCAGCGGUUGAACAUUGCACGAGCCAUCUAUUUUGACGCCGACAUUGUUCUGAUGGACGACCCACUCUCAGCUGUGGAUGCCCACGUUGGCCGUCACAUCAUGGACAAGGCAAUAUGCGGACUUAUGAAGGACAAAUGCAGAAUCUUAGCCACGCACCAGUUGCAUGUUCUCAACAGGUGUGACCGGAUCAUCUGGAUGGAAGACGGCCAUAUCCAAGCCAUUGACACUUUUGACAAUCUGAUGAAUACGAGCGUUGAUUUCCAGAAGUUGAUGGCCACAACUGCCCAAGAAGACGAGACCGCUCUCGCCAAAGCCAAGACAACAGAAGAGGAGGAGAAGAAACCCAAGAAGAAGGACAAGAGGGGCAAGCCGGCUGCUCUGAUGCAACAGGAAGAGCGUGCCGUCAAGUCGGUCAGCUGGUCCGUCUGGAGAGCGUACAUCCGGGCAUCAGGGUCGCCGAUUUUCUGGCCGUUGAUCUUCAUUUGCCUCGUGCUCUCGCAGGGCUCCAACAUUGUGACCAGCUUGUGGCUAAGCUGGUGGACCAGCGACAAAUUUGGCUUCUCCCCAGGUAUAUACAUUGCUGCGUACGCCUGCCUGGGUCUUUCUCAGGCAAUCCUCUUGUUUGCCUUUUCGACCCUCCUGUCCACGAGUGGCACCAAUGCAAGCAGAGUCCUGCUGCAGAAAGCGAUGACCCGGACUCUGCGAGCUCCAAUGUCGUUCUUCGACACCACGCCUCUUGGUCGCAUCACCAAUCGAUUCUCGAAGGACGUCGACUCCAUGGACAACAGCUUGACCGACGCUAUGAGGAUGUAUUUCCUUACCCUGGCCAUGAUCACAUCAGUCUUCGCGCUGAUCAUUGCAUACUUCCACUUUUUCGCCGUGGCUCUUGGGCCACUUUUCAUUUUGUUCUUAUUCGCUUCCAGUUAUUACAGAUCAUCGGCGCGAGAGAUCAAACGACACGAGGCGGUGCUGAGGUCCACCGUCUUCGCACGGUUUUCCGAGUCCAUCUCUGGUGUUGCAUCUAUCCGAGCAUAUGGCUUGCAGGCAUAUUUCACGACGCGACUGCGCGACGCCAUUGAUCAGAUGAAUUCUGCAUACUAUCUUACCUUUGCCAACCAGAGGUGGCUAUCGACACGUUUGGACGCCAUUGGAAAUAUGCUUGUUUUUGUCACCGGCAUUUUGGUGGUGACGGAUCGUUUUAAUGUUAAUCCUAGCAUAGCGGGCUUGGUUUUGUCAUAUGUUCUGGCCAUUGUACAGAUGAUCCAAUUUACGGUGCGACAGCUGGCUGAGGUGGAAAAUAACAUGAACGCCACGGAAAGAAUCCAUUAUUAUGGUACUCAGCUGGAGGAAGAGGCACCAUUGAAGGCCAGAGAAGUGCCGGAUAAUUGGCCGCAAACGGGAGCCAUCACAUUCAGUAAGGUGGAGAUGAGAUAUCGGGCAGGACUACCGCUGGUCCUACAAGGUCUGGAUUUCCACAUCACAGGCGGCGAGCGGAUUGGCAUUGUUGGUCGGACUGGAGCUGGCAAGUCAUCCAUCAUGUCGGCCCUUUUCCGGUUGACCGAACUGUCCUCGGGCCAGAUCAAGAUCGACGAUAUUGAUAUCUCAACCGUCGGCUUGUAUGACUUGCGGUCUCGAUUGGCCAUCAUCCCACAGGAUCCCACCUUGUUCCGGGGUACCAUUCGAUCGAACCUCGAUCCUUUCCACGAGCAUUCCGAUUUGGAACUCUGGGCUGCGCUUCGAAAAGCAGAUCUCGUAGGGGAAGAGAUGACCACAGAAAAGGCCGACGUGAAGGCUGAUCGCCCUGAUACCGCUCAGACUGCCGCAACGUCAACAUCGCACGUCAACCAGCCGCCUGGCCCCAGUCGUAUACACCUCGAUAGCCCAGUCGAGGAAGAAGGUCUGAACUUUUCACUCGGACAGAGACAAUUGAUGGCGUUGGCGAGAGCCCUUGUCCGCAAUUCGCAGAUCAUUGUCUGUGAUGAAGCAACCUCAUCCGUCGACUUUGAGACCGAUGAAAAGAUUCAACGCACGAUGCGAACGGGCUUUGCUGGGAAAACAUUGCUAUGCAUCGCCCAUCGACUGAAGACCAUCAUCAACUACGAUCGCAUCUGCGUGAUGGACAAGGGCAGGAUUGCGGAAUUGGACACUCCUAUCAAUCUAUUUGAGGCGGGUGGCAUCUUCCGAGGUAUGUGUGAUAAGAGCCAUAUCGUGAAGGAGGAUUUCUUCAGAGAGUCAUAG